GUAUACUGCUAAGAAAUUUUGUUUUUGGUGGAGUAUCUCAGUAUCAAGAUUAACACAUUUUAUUUAGUAAACCUGUUUAGUUAAUGCUAAUUCGUGUGGAUAUGACUUGCAAAUGUUGUAAAAUUCAUGGUCUCGACGUUUGUGCCGACAAGUCAAGCUAUCACCGAAUCCUUGAUUUGGAGUGUAACUUUUUAAUCUCGUAAAUCUGUUUGCGGUUACGGUAAAUAUACUCAUAUAAUUUAAUAAGGCUUGUUUUCGCUGUAACUUUUAAAUCAUUGGUUAAUAUUAACAUACCAUCCAAUACAUUAGGGAAUGUGGUAGUUUGGUUGUUGUGUUGCGAAUCAAAAGUAGGUGUAGCUAAAUAGUUUUUGGUGCUUACGAGUGAAAUGAACUGUAACAUUCCUCAAUUUUAAGCAGAAAUAUUAAAGUUUUUGUUUUAAUGAAAUGACACUCAUGCGAUGACAAGUAGUCAUCGUAAUUAUCGCAGAAGUGUGAAUAACAAUCUAACACUUGAAUCAACUACUUCCGAGCAGAGUGUGAAUGAGUGCCAAGACGUGGUGGUGGGGGGUUUGUCUCUGCCUGCAAUUAACACUAGGAAUACUUACGUGCGCAGCAGGCUGUCUCGAGAUGUUUUAAAUCACAGAUUCGAGAGUAACGGGAACGUGAGAGGUACGGGCCGAGAGGGGGAGGAAAGGGAGAGGCGGGAGGCGGUCGCUAACGUCCGAGCCAAGUUCCGAUCCUCACGCACAACGGGCUCCAGCAACUCAGGCCUCGGACAGUCCAAUAACAACGAACGAAAGCUUUCCCUCCCUCGCGUCAUCAACUGUGGUCCGGGCGGUUCGCUGCGUCGAGGCUCCAGAGGGGGUAGCGGACCCCGGCCUUCUACCGAGGCUCUACUCACUCGCCGCCGCAUCAUAGACAAGGCAAUCAAUGGGACUUCCGUCUCCCCCUCCAGACAGGAGACAGUGGAGGAGCCUGUGGCCGCGCCGCCAGACCCGCCCCAGCCUGUGGCCCCACAGCCAGACCCGCCACAGCCUGACCCGCCACAGCCUGUGGCCCCACAGCCAGACACACAGGCAGAGUCUGAGCCCCCGGUGGAGGAGGAUGACGACGAGGAGAAGGCCAUCGGACAGUCCCAUGAUGGCAGAUUCCUUAAGUUUGAAGAAGAGAUUGGAAGAGGAAGUUUCAAAACAGUUUACCGGGGACUCGACACCCAAACUGGUGUUGCUGUGGCCUGGUGUGAACUGCAGGAAAAGAAACUCAACAAAAAUGAACGGCAGAGAUUUAGAGAGGAGGCGGAGAUGUUGAAGGGGCUACAACAUCCUAACAUCGUCCGCUUCUACGACUAUUGGGAGGUGACCUUGACCAAGCGUAAAUACAUUGUGUUGGUGACUGAACUCAUGACUUCAGGAACACUUAAAACCUAUCUCCGCCGAUUCAAAAAGAUAAAUCCCAAAGUAUUAAAGUCAUGGUGUCGUCAAAUCCUGAAGGGUUUACAGUUCCUGCAUUCCCGAUCGCCUCCCAUUAUACACAGGGACCUCAAAUGCGACAACAUUUUCAUCACUGGAACCACUGGCAGCGUCAAGAUCGGAGAUUUGGGGCUGGCUACACUGAAAAACAGAUCUUUUGCAAAAUCUGUCAUUGGAACGCCAGAAUUCAUGGCUCCGGAAAUGUACGAGGAACAUUACGACGAAGCAGUGGAUGUUUACGCUUUCGGCAUGUGUAUGUUGGAGAUGGCGACUUCGGAAUACCCUUACUCGGAAUGUACUGGGCCGGCCCAGAUAUACAAGAAAGUCAUUAGCGGGAUCAAACCAGCCAGCUUUGACAAGGUGGAGAACCCUGAGGUGAGGGAUGUGAUCGAAAGGUGUAUUCGACUAAAGAAGGAGGAAAGGCCUGGCAUCAAAGAGCUGCUAGCUCAUGAGUUUUUCGCCGAAGACGUUGGUCUGCGGCUGGAGAUGGUGUCGAGGGAUGAAGCUGUAAUUUCUAACACGACCAAAGUGGAAUUCCGUCUGAGAGUUAUCGAUCCGAAGAAGAGAAGUAAUAAACACAAGGAGAAUGAGGCUAUCCAGUUUGACUUUGACAUGGCUACUGACAACGCCGAUGAAGUGUCGUCAGAAAUGGCCAAGUCAGGGCUGAUUCUCAGUGAGGACGCACCUCAAGUAGCCAAGAUGUUGAUGGCUCAGGUCAACGCUUUGCUGAGAGAUAGAGAAGACCGCAAGAGUCACACUAUGCAGACUCCGGCCUUCGACGAGGCUUUGGGAGUGAUCGACGAUGGCAACUUCAUCCCUUUGGUGGAGUCUAGCAGCGUGCCGCAGUCUCAGCCGAUAUUCUUCAACUCUCAGAUGAGUCAGACUGGUGGGAACUCACAAUCAGUUAUUAUGAUGCAGCAGACACAGCCCGGUCAAACAUUGCCCAGUCAGCAGCAAGUUUUGCAACAAAAUAUGCAACAAACCCAGCAGCAACAGCCGAUACAAACACUGGAGUUGCUUCAGCAACAACUGUCUCAGCAGAACCAACAACAAUAUCAGCAGCAAACAUCCCAACAGAUACCUCAGCAACAACAAAUGAACCAACAGAAUCAGAUUUUGCAACAACAGCAGUCAAUGUCCCAGCAAAUGCCUCAAAUCCAGCAGCAGCAGCAGCAACAACAGAUGCCUCAACAGAUGAACCAGCAGUACCAAGACAUGUCCCAACAGUAUCAAGAAAUACCACACCAGUAUCAAGAAAUGUCACAACAACAGUUGCAGCAACCUCAAAUGCCCCAGCAAAGGUUGUCCACUCAAGAGAUGCCCCAGCAGCAACAAUUGCAACAACCUCAAAUGCCUCAACAAAGGAUGUCAACACAGGAAAUACCCCAGCAACAACAAUUGCAGCAACCUCAAAUACCUCAGCAAAGGAUGUCGACACAGGAAAUACCCCAGCAACAACAUUUGCAACAACCUCAAAUGCCUCAGCAAAGGUCAUUGUCUACUCAAGAAAUUCCCCAGCAACAGCAAUUACAACAACCUCAAAUGCCCCAUCAAAGGUCAUUGUCUACUCAAGAAAUGCCCCAGCAACAGCAAUUACAGCAACCUCAAAUUCCUCAGCAAAGGAUGUCAACUCAAGAGCUGUCCCAGCAACAACAAUUACAACAACCACAAAUGCCUCAACAAAGGAUAUCGACACAGGAAAUACCCCAGCAACAAUUGCAGCAACCUCAAAUGCCUCAACAAAGGAUAUCGACACAGGAAAUACCCCAGCAACAAUUACAACAACCACAAAUGCCCCAUCAAAGGUUGUCCACUCAAGAGAUGCCCCAGCAUCAACAAUUGCAACAACCUCAAAUGCCUCAACAAAGGAUGUCAACACAGGAAAUACCCCAGCAACAACAAUUGCAGCAACCACAAAUGCCUCAUCAAAGGAUGUCGACACAGGAAAUACCCCAGCAACAACAAUUGCAUCAACCUCAAAUGCCGCAGCAAUUAUUAACACAAGACAUGUCCCAGCAAACAAUGCAACAACCUCAGAUGCCACCGCAAAUUAUGACACAAGACAUGUCACAACAACAAAUACAACAACCUCAAAUGACUCAGCAGAUAUUGUCUCAACACGACAUUUCUCAGCAACAGUUGCAGCAACCUCAAAUGCCUCAACAGCAACUUCAGCAACCUCAAAUGCCACAGCACCGAAUUUCUCAACCCGAAAUGCCCCAUCAGCAAUUGCAAAUGCCUCAAAUGCCUCACCAGCGGCUAUCCCAACCGGAAAUGCCUCAUCAACAGCUUCAGACCCCUCAAAUGCCUCAACAACGACUAUCCCAACCGGAAAUGUCCCAGCAACAGUUGCAGCAAACUCAAAUAUCACAUCAGAUUCCACAGACUCACUCGAUGGAAGGUCAGCAUCAGGUAAUUGGACAUUCGCAAACAACUCAGCAACUUACAGCGCCACAAAUGCAGCAGCAGCGAAUAUCGCAGCAUGAGUUACCACAGCAAGCAACUCAUCAUAUGGAAGGACAACAGCAGAUGACACAUCUUCUGUUGCAAGAUCAGCAACAACAACAACAGCUGCAACCACCACAGAUGCAGCAGCAACGAGUUUCCCAGCAUGAAAUGCCUCAAGAUUCUCAACAACAGUUUGUCUACACUCAACAACAUCCGCCCGACCAACUCAUGCCUCCGCACUCAUCUAGUCAACAACAUGGAAGGAUCUCGCAGACUGUUUACACUCUACCCCAACAGGGAGCAGUGACUCCUCAACCUCAAAAUGAUGGUUUCCAUUUCAUCCCUGCAGAGAUGGUUCCUCAAACGUACCAAAAGUCUGAGCAUGAUAUGUUCGCUCCGACACAACCAUUGACGUUCCUCAGUGUCAGCGGCUCGUACACACAGACCCCCCUCUACUCACCCAUCCAGACGUCUCAGCUACUGCCUAGCGCUUCAUUGAAGGAUGAAGUCAACGCAACGGAACCGGAAGCUAUAGAGGGAAAACAGGAUGUAAGUGAGGCUGACGGACAGAAAGGGGUGCUUCCGCCACAGUCUGUGCUUAAUCCCGCAUACUAUACCCAAUACUACCAGUGCACCAUGUCUAACAUACCCGCGGAUAAUCAGUCCGAGACACACAAAACUGUGGAUAACACUGCGAGUCAGGAUAGUGUAGCGUUCCCAGUACUUACCGGACAAGAGUCGGAAAAUAUUUCUCAGAGUCAAUAUCCUCCGCAAGGCCAUUUCACAGGUCAAUCUCAAGAAAGUUUCCCUCCUUCGCAGGGUGAAGGUUAUCCCGCAUCUGGGCCUCAACCGACACAUUUCCCCAACAACUCGCAGGCAGAGUUUGGGACUUCACAAUCUAAUUUCACAGUCCCCGUUCCUUCAGCGACUUACUCUGUUUCCACCUCCCAACAGUUUGCACCUGCGGUUAACCAUGAACAUUUCACAACCUCUUCUCAAGCUCAAUACUCGUUGCCGACAACUCGACCCGAUGGUUUUAUCGCUCCUGUACCCCAACAGGGGAAUUUCGCUCCGCAAACUCAACCAGAUAAUUUUGUCGCUCCAGCUACUAAUCAGCAAUAUACGGCUUCUGCUACUCAGGCUAAUUUCCCAGCGCAAACUCAACCUGAAGGUUUCAAUGUGUCGGCUCCCAAUCAAGGAAAUUUCUCAGGUACUUUGCCGCAGGGGAAUUUCACACAUCAGGCUGGUACGGAGAAUUUUACUGCACCGGCGCCCAAUCAGGGGCAUUUCACUUCACAGGUGAAUUUCCCUUCACAAACGACCCAAGCUGAAAAUUUUGUACCAGCCAAUCAGCAAACUCAUUUCACAGCUCCAGUUCCAAACCAAACUUUCAUUCCCCCUCAGACAGGGCAACAAUUUCCGCCAACAUUUUCUGACUCAAAUUCAGUUCCUCCCCAACAGGAACAGUAUGCUUCUCAAUCGUCAAAUGUUGCUACACCGAUGCCAAUACCACAGGAACAAACGGUGUUUGUAGCGAAUUCUGUUCCCGAUCAACCGAAAGAGACGGUCAAUUACGAGCCGAUUGCAACUGAAAUACCGAUGAACUCGCUAGAACUAACCCACGCUUUUCUCAGUGCCCCCCAGUCACCAUUAAUUGUAGAACAGCUUCAGCGAAAAAUGUCUUGUGAAGACCACCAAUGCUCUAGUGAAGAUUGCCAGUGUCAACAGCUUAUGCUAACGGAACCAUUGUCUGUAACUAAUUCAAGCGAGGCUGUAGAAGUUACUAACGAGGGGCACCCAGAGGGAAAUGAUUUGGACCAGAUAUCAACGGUGGCUGGUGGCAGUGAAGUGGAUGUUUCAUCUUCAGCUGCUACAACAGAUAUGACAGCGGACAACAAACGAGGACUGACAGUGAAGCGACGCAGCAGACCUACAGGACCUAAGCUGACUGUGCUAAGUGCUCAGGACGGACUGAUCGAAUGCCAGUUGGAGACGAGCAAACAGAAGACUGUCACGUUCCGCUUUAACUUGGACGACACGGUGCCAGCUGAUGUUGCUAACAACCUGGUGAGCGAAAAGCUGUUGCCGAGCGCCCACGCGGAACUGAUAACUGAGUUGCUGAAAGACCUUGUCAGACAACUGAAGGAAACCCCGGAAAAGUUGCCAGUGCUGGAUUCUACUGGCAGUCCUAUCAGAAAACCGAGGGUACGUCACCCUUCGCUCACGCGCCAGCGGUCGGCGCACAUCAAGACACAUCGGCGCCACAGAUCGAGGGACGAAACUUCCAGUAAAUCUGUAGAAGAGCAGCCGGUUUCUAAACCUACCCCCAUGCGUAAGAUUUCUCGCUUCCUGGUUAGCCCCGUUGUUGAGUCUGCAACAAAGGUGGUGAGUGGUGAGCCAGAGGAAGUCCCAAGUCAACCCCCAACAACCGAUGUAUCUCCACCAACCAAUGACGUUUCAGGAGAAGACGGCCUGAAAUCGGGUCUCAGUUCUGGCGCAGGAUCAAUGGGAACUCCUGACACUACCAUCAUGCCCCCGGGCGACUCUCACCCUCGUCUUAGUCAUCAGAACUCACUGGACAACAGCAAUGGUAGUGGCGGAGCAAUGCCUCAGACGAUCGCAGACCUUCAGCAGAAGUUGGUGCAGUUGACAUCACAACCCUCGGAGCUAAGUAUCGGAGGUACUCCUCCGUCUCACCCUCCGACACCUCAUACCCAGGCGAGUUACGACACGUACAUGUACGCGCUGCAACAGAAACUGGCGUCUAUCAGCCAACCGUUGGCACAGGACACAAUUGAUGUUCCAAAUCAGUUGAACAGUCAGUUGAGUUUCGUUGAGGAGGAACCUUUUGAUAGUAACGACGGUACCUUGUCUCCACAGAGCACCAUCCACAGCCACGGUCACAGUUUACCGCACCUGGAGUCCAUGAUACCUACACCAGUGGAGUUUGACUAUCCGACGGACGAGUUGCCACCCCCGCCUAGUGUAGAGGACCCCAGCAGUGGAGCUCUAGUCCCCGCCCAUACCGUGUCACAACCUGUGGCCAUACCCAUACCUCACUCAGACGAGCCUCCCGUCACACCUGUCGGCUCAGUUGACAUGUCAGUGAUGAGUUACGCCGCGGCCGCUGCUAGCAAUACUGCUUUGCCUCCGAUAUCCACCUCGCAUAGUCUGCUUAAACCUCAAUUGUCGGUAGACUCGACCGUAGUGACUGCUACGGCUAUGGAACAAAGGCAUAACAGAAUGAUGGCUCGGACAGUCCCCCAUGCUCCUGAUCUGCAAAACUUAGAACAGGAGUUAUCCAAGAUUCAUGGCUCUGUCAGACCUGUACCAGCCCUGUCUCAGCCUUCCACAACUGCACCUCAACCUGUUCCACUUAUUACAACUGUUUCCGCCUCGGGUAAUGAGGCAAUGGCUGUUCCUCAGGAGUUACUACAACCAGAAGAAGUCCCGUUGUCGCCCAAGCCAGCCGUCAGGAAGGUGUCGAGGUUCCAAGUGAGCGCGGUGCAAGAAGAGGCUUCUCCUACACAUUCUGCAUCCACAGAUGGCAGUGUUAGUACAAGGGACUGUAUAGCCGCAAUGAUGGAUCUAGCUGGGUACAUGUUCCUAACAGCUGGGUCGUACUUUCAAGAUGUCGGAUCAGCUGUUAUCACGUUGCUGCAGACGAUCCGCAGCUUCUUCGCGGCUGAGAGGAGGGAAGAGCGCAGAGGACGGUUCAGCGUCGUCACUCAAGAAGCUCCGAGUCUGCAGCUGCUGCAUAUGACCAAUACUAACCUCAACUCCACAUCCACACAACCGAUGAGGAGGAUCACGUCCGCUGGGUUCCCGGCGGCCGUCACACGGGUGAGACAGACGGAAGGGAGUCUCAGCAGGUGGCCGAGCGAAGGCCACAUCAAAGUAGGUGACAAACAGCCCAAGCACCUGCUUAGGGACAAACUUAAGAAUGCACACAGCAUGAGUGAGCUGGCACACUCUAUGUCACACAGUGUGUACAUACCAGACGAUCAUGAUAACACCGUCGGAUUUGAGCCUAGCAAUACGGAAUUGAAGGCACUUCUUCAGAGGCACCAGAUGGAGUUAGAGGAGCUUCAGAAAAGGCAUCGGGAGGAGGUGGAGGCUUUGUGUCGGCAGUUGGCGCAGAACAGCUCAGCGGCACAAGGUAUCAGUGGACAAGGCAGCCUAGAGGGUUUCAGCACGGCUCCUCAGUCUCCGGAUACUCAAUCUCGUCCUGACACACCGAGGUAACCUCCCCAACAUCGGUCCUAAUAUGUACAGUAAUAUAAUUACAAUAUCCGAUUGAAUGGUUUGUUAUUUACUAUUAUAUUUAUUUAUUAUUUCCUGGCCGAUGUCAAUUAGUUCUUCAGUUCUAUGUAAAUAAACUACCUGACCUAUCUACCGCCUUUUGCCAAUUUGUAAAAAUGUUUUAUAAUUUUUGAUUGUUAUUUAUUUUUCCUAGCUUUAAUUUUAAGUACUGUACAUGGAAGAGUCAAAGUAGUAUUUAAAGUUUUUUAUAGUUUCUGCUAUUUUGUACGCAGACUGGAAGAGCUUUGCAGUUUGCUGUUUUGUAUUACGCUUAUAAGUUUUAUAUCUUGUAUAGUUGCCCGCGCUAUUUAUUUCGAAGCUCGAAAAAGUUAAAUGAAUUGAAAGUGAGCAUUUAUGUUAGUCUGUGUUUUUGUCUAGAUGUUCAACUUCUACAAAAAUAAGAGUUUUCAGUGAGCUAAGCUUAAAGUUUUCAACUUGUUGAUUUUUUGCCUGUCUCUUUGAGUGAGAUGAUUCCUCAAGCUAGGUCAGAAGAAAGGAUAUUUUUGUUUUUAAAUAAAAUUGCUAAGAUGUGUAAGACAAAGUUCUUCAGAAUUCCAUCCAAGGCCCAUUCAGGUCAACCAUACAUUUGGUUAGGUAAUAAAUCUGUUAAAAAAGACGGCAUCAAAAUGCCUCUUCUGGAACUUAGUAUCAUGCUGUGAUUAUUUUAUAAUAAACAUAUUGUAAGUAAAGUAGCUAAUUUUUUAUUCAAAUGAACGGAAUGAACAGUUCCGAAUAGCCAGUUCUGUUUAGGAAAUUCAAAAGUCAUGUAAAUAAAUUGAUCGACUGACUUAGAGAAGAUUUGUACAUACGUUUUGCCUAGGACGUGUUGAUAUGUUCUAAAUAUUUAAAAAAGGCAGUAGAUUGUAAAGUUAUACAACAGAAACUGUAAACCAAUCGGGUGACACUAGUUGUUUGGUAAGACUGGUGAAACUAAGAUGACUGUGAUGUAGCCGGACAGUGCUAAAACUAUAUUUUAAUUAGUCACAAUUAGCGUAUGCAAUUGCCACUUCUCUGUUUGAAGUCGAGUGUGUUUUUCCCUGGUUCUUGUCUGAUGCGAUAACUCUUUUUAGGAUUAUUAUGUACGUGUUUUAAGAAAACACCCGAAUAAAUUUGAAUAUAGGUAGGCUAUUCUUGUUUGGUUUUAAUGUUUUAACUGCAAAAUUCACUGUUCUUAUAGGCUACCAGUUAAAAUUGAUCUAGUAAGGUGGGUAAUCAUUUUUAUUUUGAACUAUUUAAAUUGGUUAAUAAAAUGUACAUGUUCAGCAAGAAUAUAUGCCAAAGUAUGUUUUAUUUUUGAUUUGUGUAAAGAGAUGUGUUUGUUGUAAGUUAAUGGUGAUUUUUUUUAUCUAAACGUUACUUAAUACAUUUUUGCUUGUAGCAAACCUUUUAAACAAUUCAAUAUCAUUAUAAUAGCCAACAGACAUUGAAUAAACCUAUCAUGAUAUAUAAAUAUAUAUAGAUGCCUGUAUAAUUUAUAAAUAAAUACUUUUCUUUA